AUGUGUGGAAGAGUAAUUUCACGUGUCGAUAUACCUGGAUUAAGAGCAAUGACAAGGGCAAGAGGGUCAAGAAGAUCAGGACAGCUGAGAAGAGGCUAUAAUAUAGGCCCUGCAUCUCAUCAAGCAGCAAUUGUCCAUGCAUCUCGAACUUCAGUUGAAGAAGAAACAAAGCCAGAAGAGUGCAUGGAAAUCGACCAAAACAGAGUUUUAUCAGUCAUGAAAUGGGGCAUGAACAAUUUCCGAGAAAAAAAUCCUGAAAAGCCAAUGGUGAUUAAUAUCAGAAUUGAAUCGAUGGACUACAAGUUCAAGCCUUUUCACAAUAACAGAUGUGUUAUUCUAGCUGAAGGGUACUAUGAAUGGAAAGAAACACAUCCUUAUUUGGUCAAACCUAAAAAUUCUGAUCUUUUCUAUUUCGCUGGGCUAUAUAGGGAUAUUGAUGAAAAUGAGCAGGAAUAUGGGAUAAUUACGGUCCCUCCAAAGGAGAGUAUGUUUUGGUUGCAUGAUAGGUCUCCAGCGAUGAUAAGAGAAGAAAAUAUUGAUAGGUGGAUAGAUCCUCAGGUGUCUUAUGAAGAAGCAAGUGCAUUGAUUGAGUGCAGAGAAGCUGAAGAGCUAGAGUAUUAUGAAGUGCCGAGUCUUGUAAAUCAGAUGAAAAAUGACAAUAAGGAAUGCUGCAUGAGAGUUGAAGAGUAUCAAGCUUUAUUGAAAACAAAAGGGAUUCAUAGGUUUUUUAAACCUGUGGAAAAAAGGAAAGCUGAAGAGGAGGAAAGCUUGCCUGCUAAAAAAAUUAUUGUGGCACCAGUUGGGAAUGCAUCUGAUAAUAAGGUUUCUAUAGGAAUAAGUUUGGAAAAACCUGAAAUUCAAUAUGAUCCAGACAAUAAACCUAAAAUUACUGCAAAUGUAUCAAGUUCGAGCACAAAAAAGGAAAUAUGUUAG